AUGACUGUACUUCCGUUGCGAAGGAUUGACUCCUGUGAAGCUCAGGUUGAUCUAUUUCAAAACCGUUGGUUUAGUGAUCAUGAAGAGGACAUGCCGCAGUGUGGAGUUACGGUACAGACCGGCCGGGUUGUUUACGAUGUGAAGAUGCUAAAGGCAAUGCGUAGCUGGCACACCGCCAUGACGCACUUCCAUGGUAUCGAGAACGCUAUCAAAUGGGUGAAGGAAUAUGACGACACUCAGUACAACCCACAAGAUCCUAAUUGGUGUGAUGGGAUUCUGGAGAAGUCCGAGUUGGUAACUCUGUUAAACGAGGUGAAUGUCUUAGGAGAUUAUUACGGGUCACUUCAUUGA